AUGUUUGUUUCACCAAAGGAGUGCCUGUUGAACGCAGUGUACCGACGCGCACGGUUUGAAGAGCACUUUGCAAAAUGUCACUUCGCAUCUCCACUUCCCUUCCUCCCCCCCACCCACCCACCCUCUCUAAAUUUAGUCCGCACUCAGGGACCUGCACAAAUGGAAUGUGCGUUUGACCUUCACCCACAAACCGCCUCGUCUUUCACAGCUGCACCCGAGUGUGUUAAUGUGGGUCAGUUGGUGCGCGUCUUCUGUCUUCCCAUUGGUGCAGCGGAAAGCAACCGGCCGAUUCCUACACGUACGCGGCCAUUUCUAGCUCCAACCAAGUACCUGAAGGAGGUGUCUACGCGCAUACCCCAUCCAAGCUACUGCUCUCUCAAGGGUUUCGUACAAACGUCUGCCAUCGUUAUGCCGCAUCCUCAUCCAACCCCUGAUGAGGCGGCGACCAAGAUCCAAGCUACCUUUCGAGGCUAUAACACGCGAAAACACAUACACCAGGGCAACCAGUCCUGCGCAGCCACUCCUGGCGUGCCAGUCAUCGUGACGCCCUACAGGAACGACCCGGAUCUUGCGGCCACCAAGAUUCAGGCCAGUUUCCGCGGUUACCUGACGCGAAGGGAGUUUGGCCACCUAGGGAGACACCAUCACCGAAGAUUUACGGAUGAUGAUGAAGCGGAGAAGCUGUGUCCAGCACUUGCGCAAACUCGUGUUAGUCCCGACGCUGGGAGAAGUUUGAGUGACAUUUCCAACCAGUCUUCUUCGGACGUGGAUGAUGAGGACCUGCAGAACAGAGCGGCGACGCGGAUCCAAGCGGCAUUCCGUGGAUACCACGUGCGUUCGCAUCUGCCUAGACGCGAGAGGGCAAGUGAAGGCGGCAGUCCACGCAGCGUCCCUUCGCCGUCUCCGUUGCUCUCCGAAGACGAGGCGGCCACGAAGAUCCAGGCGGCGUUUCGGGGCUACAGGGUGCGCAAGAACUUCCGCGCCCAGACCGCACCUAUCCACCUCUACGUGGACCCGAAGUACGACGAAGCAGCAAAAAAAAUUCAGGCCAGUUACCGUGGCUACCGUGUUAGGAAGGAGCUUAAUCAGAAACGCCACAAUUGA